AUGAGUAAGUUACAAAACAAGAAAUCUCCCUAUCCAUUUCCUCAUUAUGGAGAAAUUUAUCUAGUCUAUUUCAAUCCUAAAAAAGGCAAAGAAAUUGGUAAACUUCGUCCAGCAUUGGUAAUUAGCAAUGAUAUCCAAAACGAAUAUGAUCACCAUAUUAUCGUGGCACCUUUAUCUGACGAGGAUUGGGAAAAUUUGGCUGAAAUUCAGCAUCUCGAAAUAUUAAUUAGAGUUAAUUCUAUUAAUGGUUUAGACAAAGAUAGCAAAAUUUUGCUUAACCGAGUGCGAGCCAUUGACAAAAAAUUCCGUUUACGAGAUUAUUGCGGAAUGGCUAGUCAGGAGAUAAUGGAACAAGUAAACAAAGGUUUAGAACUAGUUUUGAAUCUUAGAAGAGAAUUUUAA